AUGCUCUCGACCUCCGACUACCUCGAUGAGGAGGAGCUCUGGACAACGAUGUUUCCGGACGAGUCGUCCCUGCAUGCAGCGGACCCGUCGCCACCGCAAGUCGCACACCGGGUCGCGGCCAACGCGUGCAAGGACGAAGACCCGUCGCUGUGGCUCCAGGUGAUGCAAGUGGCUGACCUCGGUGACUCGUCGGCGUCGUUCCCACCGCCGCCAAACGCGGACGCGCCGGUCACGGGACCACUCACGCUUCCGAUGCACCCGUCCGGCGGCAGUCUCUCCAAGCCCGCGUUUCGCCACGACGGCUUGCUCGUUGUCGGCUCGGAGGCGAGUCCGACCGACUCGUUUGCGACCGAGCACGGUCUCUUCGUCUCCAACUUUCGGUCGCCAGACCAUGGGUUCCUGCCCCUGCGCCACGCGGUCCGUGACCUGCAGUGGAUCGAGCCCCACGCAAUCGUCCUCGCAGUUGGCAAGGACCUCCAAGUGCUGCAUGUCGGCGCAACUGCCGCCGAGUGCCAUCUCCAAGCCCCCAUCACGAUGACGCACUCGAAUCUCAUCCGCGAGCUCGCCGUGUGCCCCGCCAACGCCCGGCAGGUUCUCUCGGGGGGGUUUGACGAGACAGUGUGCAUGACGGACCUCGACUGCGCCGACGUGCUCCUCAAAUUCGACGCGCGGGACGUCGUGAGCAGUUUGCGCUGGAUCCCCGAUGGCACCGCGCACCGCGUGAGCUGGACGACGGACGGCGGCGCGUAUAGCAUGGCCGACAUCCGCGUCAAGUCGGCGUCGGGGCAGCUCAACGUGGCGUCGCCCUCGCUCUUUCGCUUUGAAGUCACGGGCGGUCUCUACGCCCACGACUACGCGUCCGAGCACGACGUGGUCUUGGCGUACGAAAAGGGGCACCUCGCCUUUCUCGAUGUGCGCAAACUGCCGGCGCACGAUGCUUGCUACCUCAUGGUACAGUCGCCCCUCCACACGGUCGGUGAAGUGCGCAAAUCGCUCUGCGGCGACGUCGCCCUCUUUGGCCUCGGCGGCUUCGCGAUCGCUGACCUCUCUCGGGCGUCGUGCUUGCACCCGACCCGCUGCUCCAUUGAGUUUUUCCCCGUCCACAUGGACCCGACGCGCAAGACGAGCGGCGACUUUGCCGUCGACAACGUCAACUUGCUCGCUGUCAGCGACAGCGCCGGCCUCGUCUCCAUGUACGACAUGCAGACGCUCCGCGGCGUCGACGACACGUUUGCGCUCUGA